UCUCCAAAACGUCCGCCUUCUCCAAUAUCUUUCAAAUGGACAAGAAAUCAAACUUCCUCUUCCUAUUAUUUUCUAUUAUAUUCACAGAAACUCCUGCAGCCAAAGGAUCAAGUAGACAUCAAUUUGGCUCCACAAAGCUUUUUGUUUUCGGGGAUUCGUACGUUGAUACUGGAAAUAGCAGAAAUCCAGCUAGUUGUUCAUGGAAGGAACCGUAUGGGGUUACUUUUCCGGGUAAACCUACCGGUCGGUUCUCAGAUGGUCGUGUCCUCACUGAUUACAUAGCUUCAUUUUCAGGGAUAAGUUCUCCAAUAGCAUACGAAAGGAGAAAAUUGGUGAAGAAAUCAAAACUGCAAUUCGGGAUGAACUUUGCAUGUGGGGGGACUGGUGUGUUCGACACGUUGGACAAUGGACCUAACAUGACGACCCAAAUCAAUUUUUUUCAACAGCAGGUUGAACAAGAAGUGUACUCAAAAUGCAACCUUAACUCUUCCGUUGCUCUUGUAUCACUUGCGGGCAAUGACUACGGUGCUUUUGUCGCAAAACAUGUUGACCUAAAGGAUCUACGAGCCUUCACUUCAUCAAUCAUUAACCAGCUAGCCAUAAAUCUAGAGCGUAUUCGCGGCUUGGGAGUACCAAAAAUAGCAGUCACAGCAAUUGAGCCCAUGGGGUGUUUGCCUCAUCCAGCUGCCUCUUCUUCGUAUCAAAAUUGUAGUGAAACUUGGAACUUGAUCUCAAAUUUCCACAACCAAAUGCUUCAACAAACAGUGCAAAAGUUGAACGGAGAGAGUAGGAAAUCUGUGUUUGCAAUCUUGGAUCUCAAUAGCGCAUUCAGAUCUGCAUUUAAGAGUCAAGACCGUGCAGGAAAUUUGAAGUUCAAGCAUCCUUUGAAGCCAUGCUGCGUUGGUGUGAGCAAAGACUACUCAUGUGGGAGCGUGGACAAGACUGGAGCAAGAAAAUACACUAUUUGUAAGAAGCCUGAGCUAUCAUUCUUUUGGGACACGUUACACCCUUCACAAGGUGGCUGGCGUGCAGUUUAUUCAGUGCUUCAAUCUUCUCUCCAACAACUCUAUUGAUACUUUUUGCUUUUCCUUGGACACUUAGACUUUGGGAAGUCAAUGGUUAACUUGUGAAAAAUAAUGUUGAGUAUGAACAUGUAUUUAUAACAAGGAAAGCUUUUCAUAUUCAAUACAAUAGUGACUACACUCUUUAAUAUCA